GGAGCGAGGUUAUGCCUCGAAGCGGACUCGCGCGGCCGAUCGAGUCAGUUUCGCACGAGCAACACGCGCGAGCAAGCGCUUUCCCUCGCAUUUUAGUUGAUCGCUGUAGCUCGCGCACGACGCAUGGCAGACGCGCUGCCACGCAGAUCAUAGACAGAACCUGUGAAGACAAUCCCACAGACACGAUAGACACUCAGCAUCCGAGGUCUGCCUAGCCCUGACUCAACUUUCGCGGUUCAAAACAUCGAGUCUCUCGUUCUCUGGUUCAUCGUCAGAGACAUUCCAUGUUUCCUAGCUACCUCUGACAGAUCUCUCUGCGGAUCUUUUGUGACUCGCGAAUCCUUGGUCGAAUCUGCACAAUCAGAGAUCGAAUCAGGGAAUUCGGAGCGUUAGUCAGGUCCGGGGUAAAAGGGAUCUUGAGUCGGUGAGAACCGAUCGUGGUGGUUGAUCGAGGACGAGGAACAGUUUUGCGCAUGUUUCGAGGUAGACCGAUCUGCUCGGUGUACGAGGUCUGACGGGAAAGCGGAGCGAGACUGAAAAGUCGCGCGAUUGGGAGAAAAUCUCGGGAACAUCUGUCCUGCGCGGUGCCAGAAAGAGAUAACACACAUUAACGAAAAUAAAACGUGAACGUAUCUCAAAGAAUCGAAAUAGCUGCACAACCAGGCAGUGAUAUGAAGAAUACGCAAACCAACAGUUAUGCGGAAGUGAAUGGCAAGCAAGUCUCGAACGGGAAGGAAGAGGUUGUCGACAAUGGCGAUGAGGUCGAUGCCGUGCAAGAAGCUAUCGGGAAUCUUGGCAGAUGGCAAAUAUACAUCUGUCUGGCAAUCUCUCUGGUCAAGUUCCCGAUCGCCUGGCACCAGCUCGCGAUCGUCUUCAUGGCGCCACAUCAAGUCUACAACUGUACCUCGCCAGCACGCACUGAAACGCCUGAUCAGUGCGUAGUCAAUGUCAAUGGAACGUUGGCAGACUGCACGGAGUGGGAGUAUGACAGGAGCACGUUCACAGAGACGAUAAUAUCGCAGUGGAACUUAGUAUGCAGUCGAACACAUUACGCCAAUAUCCAGCAAUCUAUUUUGAUGUUCGGCGUACUUUUGGGCAAUAUUAUAUUUGGCAAUCUAGCAGAUAGGUACGGUAGAAAGAUGCCGCUGAUGGUAUCCGUAGUUCUCCAACUAGUUUCCGGUAUCGGAUGCGCCGUUGUGCCAUGGUUUCCGGCAUUGUUGCUAAUGAAAUUACUUAGCGCGUUGGCUACGGGAGGUACCAUGGUUACCAGUUACGUUAUUUGUAUGGAGAUUGUUGGGACACAAUGGCGGGCGGCCAUCACGGUACUCUACCAAAUUCCAUUCAGUUUGGGUCACAUGUCACUGGCCGGACUUGCAUUUUUCUUCCGUCACUGGCAACAUCUUCAAAUUGCCAUCACGUUGCCCUCUGUCGUCCUGCUAAGUUAUUGGUGGAUCGUACCCGAAUCUCCUAGAUGGCUACUCGCCUUUGGUAGGCAACGAGCAGCUUGUAAAGUGUUGCAGAAAGGGGCCAACGUCAAUAAGAUUAAGAACAAGGACAUUCCAGACAUGGUCAGGCAACAUUGUUUGCAUCAGAAUUCCAAACGUACAGAUCUGGAUCACAAAGCAUCCUUCCUCGACCUGUUCCGUACACCUAACAUGAGGAUAAAAUCUCUGUCGAUCUUCUUCAAUUGGGUCGUCUGCGGAAUGGGACUGUUCGGAAUGUCACAAUACAUAGGUCAAGUCGGUGGUAACAUUUUUGUGAAUUUUACUGUUUCUGGCGCCAUACAGAUACCCGGGAAUUUCGUCGCAUGGUGGGCAAUGAAUAAACUUGGCAGAAGGAUCACGUUAAUUUGCAGUAACGCGAUUGCUGGCGUUGCCGCUCUCUUACUCAUCGUUGUCUCCAAUGAUAUCGAGUGGCUCCGAUUAAUUCUAGUCUGCUUGGCUAUUGUUGGCAUGUCGGUCUCCUUCACCACUGUGUACCUAUUCUCUGGCGAAUUGUUUCCUACAGUUGUCAGAAACAUUGGAGUGGGUACCAGUAGCAUGUGUGCCAGGAUAGGCUCUAUCUCGGCUCCUUUCGUGGUGUCUUUGGAUCGCAUUCAAACGUGGCUUCCUCCGGCAUGUUUUGGAAUCAUCCCUCUCAUCGGUGCCGCACUUUGCCUUUUAUUGCCGGAAACCGUGGGGUGCACGCUUCCAGAAACGCUGGAAGAUGGCGAAAACUUUGGGAAGAAAGUCUACAAAAUAAAGAAGAAUCCAAAAGACAUCGAAGCAGAGGCGACACUUUAAGCGAAGACUGCGAUUAAUUCUUAUCUAGAAAUUCUCGAGUAAUUAGGAAAAAUUGCAAGGAGAAGUGACAAAAUUGAAAACAUAGAUUUUCAUAGAGAAAUUAAUUGUACAUAUAAGUAAUACUGAGAUCAUUCCCCUUUUUUAUUUAUUGCAUUAUUACAUCCACGAUUUUAACGACCUUUCUCUUCAUGCGCGUUGAAACACAUCGAUUUCAUGUUUCGAUAAAUUCGCAAAUCAUUCGUAGCCGGAAAACUUGAUCAGUAUGCGCAUUAGUUUGUAUAGAAGCGAAAUUUUUGAACAAAAAUUUAACACGAGACGUUUCAAAAGUUUUGUCGAUGUCGAGGAGUUCAAAGAAUCGAAGGAUCUUACUUACUGCCGAAUGUAACAAUUGCGAGAAGAGUGCCUUGUACCAUUUGUAUAUGAAUAUCUAAAUAGAUGUUAUACUUUAUAAAACUCAAA